AGGGUCCUGGAGUUGCCAGCGCCGCCGUCAGUCCUGGCUGGCCUCAACCACCGGAGGGUCCGGGUGGAAGCGGAGGGUCGGGGGAGCGGCGCGGCCUGGGCCGGCCUGAGAGGGCCGCCAUGCGUCUGCUGCGGUGCCUCCUGAAGGGCCAGUCGGCGCUGGCCGGGGCGCCCAAGUACAUCGAGCACUUCAGCAAGUUCUCGCCCUCGCCGCUCUCCAUGAAGCAGUUCCUCGACUUCGGCUCCAGCAAUGCGUGUGAGAAAACCUCCUUCACGUUCCUUCGCCAAGAACUCCCCGUCCGGCUGGCCAACAUCAUGAAGGAAAUCAAUCUCCUUCCAGACCGUGUGCUGAGCACCCCCUCCGUCCAGCUGGUGCAGAGCUGGUACGUGCAGAGCUUGCUGGACAUCAUGGUGUUUCUGGAUAAAGACCCUGAGGACCAAGGGACACUGGGACAGUUCACGAACGCCCUGGUCACCAUCCGGAACCGCCACAAUGACGUGGUCCCCACCAUGGCACAAGGUGUGAUCGAGUACAAGGAAGCUUACGGGGACGACCCGGUCUCCAACCAGAACAUCCAGUACUUCCUUGAUCGCUUCUACCUUAGCCGAAUCUCCAUCCGCAUGCUGAUCAAUCAACACACCCUGAUAUUUGACGGCAGCACCAACCCCGCCCAUCCCAAGCACAUCGGCAGCAUCGAUCCCAACUGCAACGUCUCGGAGGUGGUCAGAGACGCUUACGACAUGGCCAAGCUCCUCUGCGACAAGUACUACAUGGCAUCUCCUGAGUUAGAGAUCCAGGAAGUGAAUGAAACAGGAACAGGACCUCACUCUUGGCCCACGAACCAUCCCGACCAGCCCAUCCACAUGGUCUACGUCCCCUCUCACUUGUACCACAUGCUCUUUGAGCUGUUCAAGAAUGCCAUGAGGGCCACCGUCGAAAGCCACGAGUCCAGCCCCACGUUGCCACCCAUCAAGGUGAUGGUGUCGCUGGGGCAAGAAGACCUUUCCAUCCGGAUGAGCGACCGAGGUGGCGGGGUCCCUCUGCGCAAGAUCGAACGUCUCUUCAGCUACAUGUAUUCCACAGCGCCCAAACCAGAACUGGGUACCGGAGGGACGCCCUUGGCUGGCUUCGGCUAUGGGCUCCCUAUUUCCAGACUCUACGCCAAGUACUUCCAAGGUGACCUUCAGCUCUUUUCCAUGGAGGGCUUUGGGACAGAUGCGGUCAUCUAUUUGAAGGCCUUGUCAACAGACUCAGUGGAGCGACUUCCUGUAUACAACAAGUCAGCAUGGCGCCACUACCAGACCAGCCAGGAAGCUGAUGACUGGUGCGUGCCCAGCACAGAACCGAAAAACACUUCCACCUACCGGGUGACCUAAGACUCGCCUUUGUUUCUGGGUGAAGAAGGCCUCAGAGGUGGAGAAGCUGGACUUUGAUGUUUGGAGAAAGAGGGAAAGGACUGCAGUCAUCACCAGCGCAAACCCACCUUCAUUUACGAGACCUCAACGGACACUCUCUCUCGGGCGGCUCAGGCAGCAAGCUGGCCAGAUGGGAGCCCGACUGCUUUCUUCAGUCGGGGAAGCACAUAGCUUAGAUCCUUCUCUGCAUCAUUGGAGCCCUGCAUGGAGCCUCCUCACUUCUGACCCUCCCAUCCCUACCUGUACAAUCCUGUCUUUCUGUCUUGUAGGUUGGAACUUGCCUUCCAUGUUCCUUUUUUUAAAAAAAAAUCCUGCCAUCAUUAUAGAAGCUGGGUAUUAACCUUUUGCGAGGUGGCUUGGGGAUCGACAGAAGAAAGUGGAAGAAGCGCUAGCCUGUGUUCUGCUUUCUGACAGGGAAUGAAUAGCUCCUCUCUGAGGAAAAUGGGUGAUAUUGGCAGAGUCCAAUGUCCUUGUUACAAAGCAUAGGUGUGUCAGAAUUCUUGGGUUUUUCUGCACUCUCAUUUUCAUCACUGGUGCGUCCCUAUUGCUUUUGGGGGGGGGGGUUCUUUUCCAGAUGUGUUUUGCUACUUGUGGUCAAUUCAGUGUCAUUGAUUUGUCACGGGCAGAAAUGGGGCUUUCGCCUGAUGGUCAGUCUCCAGUGAGCCUGUAGCCAGAGAUGUUUUGCUCUCGGGGCAAUUUUUUCCACUCAUGGGGCAGCCUAAGAGAGAAUAAAGAAAUUAAAUUAAAGUAAUAAUAAAAUUCUGUUAAUUUAUUUAUGGUGGUGGGCUGUGAGGGUUCAGUGAAGGGGCAUUGCCCCUGAAUGCCCCACUGUGGUUGCAGGCCUGGUUGAAAAGCUGCAGGGAAACAUGCUGGAGAUUCAGCAGUGUAAUAUUGAAUUGACCACCAGAGGGAGCAAAACAAAUGGAAAAGGAGAAAAAAACCCAAAGCUGUAGGGACUCACAAGUGAUGAAAAAUAAGCCUUGUUAAGCAUCAGGAGGAGAAGGGCACAAGGAAGUUUUUGAGUUAAUCUUAUUUUCCCAACAAGCAUAUAACCUUUUAAGAUGCUGGAAAAAGAUUCAUGAGAAUCAGUUGCCUUGAGAGUGGGAGAAGUCAGGCCUGUAAGGCCGUUUCAGAUGUUCUGUUGGGUACUUAGAGGCCUGCAGAGUAACUCCUGUCCUGAAGGAAUUUUCUCCAUUUCUAUUUUCCGGACCUUUGGUGGUUUUCCCUGUUUAUUACAUUGAUUUGUCACGGGCAGAAAUGGGGCUUUGGCCUGAUGGUCAGUCUCCAGUGAGGCUUGUGGCGGCAUUUGAAUCUGCCGCUCGUGAUGGAGUUGCAUGUAUGCUCUCAGCACAUACUGUCAUCUCCCUAAGCAAGAUGGUUGUUUAGAUUGCCCAUCCCUCCGGUGGUGAACACUUCCAUGACAAAUGCAAGUCAUUGGGGGACAGGUGGAGAAGAGGCUACUGGACAUGACUUAGCCUGGUUCCUUGAGGUGCGAAUGAGAUGUGGCAUUUAGGGUUUCCUUUUGUGGCUGUCAAUGGGGGCAGGGGUUCACAAAGAGGCAGUGCUUCUUUGCCAAAAUGAGGGAAGGACUGGCGAAGGAGCUGUUGCCGCCAGCCAAGGACUUUUCGGAUGACAUUCCAGGGACAGCGAACGUAUGGCGGGUGGUAGAGCAGGAUUGCAGUGGCAAGAUCUGUCCCCCAGACAUCACGUGUUGAUUGAGAGAGAGGCAGCGGGUGCAAGCCUGCUCCUGUAACAAAACCUAGGAAAAGGAGGGUUCCUGAUCAUGAGGAGAGAGGCCCCCUAUGCUUGUACGCCCCCCUAUGUCCUCUUUGCAAUGGAUGCACUGAAGUCAGUGGAGUGGAAUUUCCCUCUGCAGUUCCUCUUCUCUCUCCCCUUCCACUUUUUUUUUUUGUGGUUCCUCUUCCACAGCCCACACGUUAAUUCUCUCCAGAACCUUCCCUGGAAGAGUCUCUGGCGUCCCACGCAUGAAGCACUGAGGCUGCAGCUUCCCAUCUCUCCUGCUUCUGCACCUGCCUGCAUGGACCUUUCCUCUCCACUGGCCCAUGACAGGAUUUUAUUAUUAUUUUUUUUUAAAAAAUCCUUGUCUAGGGGAAAUGGAAGAGAAGGUGGGCAAAGUGUGCAUUUUGGACAGGGGAACAAGUACAGGUGUGACUUCCACUCAGGGGCUGACUUGUUUUCAGUGUUUCCCCAUGCCCAGCACAUGUACAGCCACGUUCUUCCGUGAAGCAGCCACCAAUCCCGCUUGGCCUCAUGUUCUUUGCCCGCUUCUGCAAGCGGUCAAGAGUCAUCCUCUUAUUCUUCCCUUUUCCCCGUUGCAUGGUAUGCUUCUGAAUGGUCUGGAGACCAUCAGUGUAUAUAUCAUAUAUAUCUAUAUUUUUAUUAUCUGGGUCAAACCACAGAAGUAUCCAAAAACACACACAAGCUGCCACAGUAUUCUUUAGCUCCUUUGAUCAGUUGUCGGGGGUGGGGGUGGGGGAGAGACAUGAAAUCAAACUUGUUUAAAAAUAAAAAUAAAUAAAAUGAACCAUA